GUGACCAGGACGCUUUAGGGACAGGUCCAGAGAGAAAGAGCGAGAGAAGGAUAAGGUUAAUUCUAUGAUAAGGAAGGAACAAACAUCAGAUUCUUUCCUCUCCAAGUCCACCUUUAGAACUCUUUUCCAGGGGAUUAACGAGUGUGGAGAGAGAGAGAGAGAGAGAGAGAGAGAGAGAGAGAGAGAGAGAGAGAGAGAGAGAGAGAGAGAGAGAGAGAGAGAGAAACAAUAUAACAAGAAAAGGAACAUGAAAGAAAUCGUCAUUAAACGCACUUGAAGUUCUCUCUUCCUUCUUGCACCUCUCUCUAAUUUAAUCUUAAACCCACUCCAAGUUCCCCCAAGGGACUUCUCUCUCUAUUUCAAGAGAGACAGAAUCAGAAGAGUCCAUUCCUCCUGAUUCCCACCCAAGUGGGAAUAAAAACAGGAUUCCACUCUUUCUUUCUGUUCCUCCUCUCAUCCCUCCUUCCCCUCCUCCUCUCCGUCAUGACGUUGCUGGCCUCUGAGAGGUCGCUUCUCAUCCGGAACAAAUUCCGCUCAGUCUUGCAGUUGAGGAUUCAGAACCGAAGGCAAAAUGAAAUCGACUCUGGGUUGAAAACUGCCUGUUCCUCUCACAAAGGAGAGAAAGACCAGAGUAAAGCUUUGCGUCUAACUGACGAUGGCGCCACUCAGAAGUCGCCCCUGUGUCGUCUGAACAUUAAAACUGCACAAGACAGGAGUGUAUGUGGGACCGGAAGGCAGAAGAAGGCUCGGCUGGCUAACAACCUUGGAGAGAAGGUCCAGCAGUGGCCCGGACCUCUGGACCUAAUACACAAACACAUACUGCCUCCGGAGAACCGCCCAGUCUCCUUCCCUCUCUCCUCAGAUGUCUUCCAAGAUGACAUCUCUUCCUGCUCUUCCUCCUUGUCUCCCGAGCAACUCGGGGUCCUCCAAUCACCAGCCCUCUCCUCGUCGCUGGGGUUCUUAGACGACCAAUCGCUGAGUGACCUGUCCCCUGAGGUUUUGCCCCCUAACCAUAGUCCCGCCCAUGUUCAGUCUAUCUUGGCUUUGCUCCCAGCAACCGAGGGCAUCAGCCAGUCAAUGAGCAUGACCGUGGGCGACUCCAACUCCAUGGCAACGACCGGGAGACCAAAGGGGAUGUAUCUGACCUCCCAUGCCACGUCCCUGCUGCCAAAGACAGCCCGGUCGCUCACACCUCCCUCCGACUCCUCCUCCUCCCUUACUCCCUCCCUGACUUCCUCUCGCCCCCCCCGCCCGCGGAAACCACGGGAUUCACAGCCCAAGAUGAGGAAACUCAAAUACCAUCAGUACAUUCCCCCCGACCAGAGAGGCACGGCCGGGACUGCCGGGGGAGGGGCCAGUCAGAGGAGCCCCACACCAGCCCAGCUCUUAGACCCCGCCUACUCCAGCCUCCUGCAGCAACAGCAGGUGUUCCUCCAGCUGCAGAUCCUCCAGAACCAACAACAACAACAGCAGAAUCAGCAGCAACAGGACCAGCAGCAGCUCACCGUCACACCCAGUGGAGACACCAACCAAAUGGUGAGGUUCUCUGGAGCCAUGCACCAGAACCCUCAGCCUGUAUCCAUGGUAACAAACAACACCUCUGUGGACACAAGUCCCUCCAACAAGUCUGAGCUCCUCCCACCUAACCUGGUCGACCUAACGGUGUCUGAGUUGCGACAGCAGCUGCGUGAGCGAGGUCUUCCUGUCUCCGGCACCAAGCCCGCCCUCCUCCAGAGGCUCCGCCCUUUCCAGUUGCCCCACCUGUGCUUGACCCCUGUGUCCCUCUGCCAGCUGGAUACCAGCCAGGAACCCCUUACCCCCACCUCCUUGCUCACCCCCAGCCAUUACCCCAGCUCCAGCCCCAGCUCUGGAACUGACUCCCCCACCAACAGCCCUAACCAUCAGGUCUACAUCCAGUCCACUGGAAUUCUGAGCGGGGUUCCAAACGGAAUUGUUAAUGGCAUUCCGAAUGGUAAUACUAAUGGAAUAGGGGUCAGUGUGGUGGGGGAGCAGUGUGGCUUCCUGGCCGCUGCGUUAACCCCAUCGUCGACACCCAGCCCCGGUCUCCCCCCAUGCUCCUCUUUGCCACUGACUGGCGCCCCCUGGCGGUCGGAGCAGGAGCAGCAGGAGUUGAGCCUGGAGCUGGAGAUGAGGGAUAGGAUGAGGAGCAGGCCCAGGGAGAGGCUAUCUCCUCCACUGUCUCUAUCCUGUGGGGGUUCCCGCCAUCCCUUCCUGCAACAGGAUCCAGGAUGGCCCAGAGGGACACCAGAGAGGGAAGGACAGACAGAGAUCCUGUUCACACAGGCGUUCUGCUGCCAGCCGUGGGACAUGAUUGGCCAGGACUUUGAGCUGCCAAUGCAGAUCACAGCCAGUCCCAUUCAAGCCCCACCCAGCGUCCGCAGUCUGGAGGAGGAGUUGCAGGAGGCCAUUAACAGAGUACUGAUGGACCCCAGUCAGUCAAUAGAGGACAUUCUGGAGGAACCUACCACCUGUGUGGACUCCCACUCCUCCUCUGUCUCAGACCUCCAAUCCCCUGUCACUAUCCUCCCCGGCCCCUCCUCUCCUCCCCAACCAGACCAGUCCCAGCCUUUCCGUUGUCAUUCAAAGGAUGACGACUUCCUAUCCUCUCCUCUCUGCUCCUCCCUCCUGCUUGAGCUCCCGCCGUCGCCUUCGACGAUGGUUCCCCGCCAAGCCGCCCCACCCCCUCUCCCUCCCCCCAUCUGUACUUCCCCCCUGCCUCCCACUGUAACCUCACGGAAGAGACGGGUUCAGGCAACCUUUGACCCUGCUGAUUGGUUGGGGUCGCAAGCCUCUGGACUCCGCCCUCUCAGUCCUCCAUCUGCCCCAUUCGUUGAGACCGACUUUGGCCUCAAUUCGGAUCUGAACGUCAACCGAGCGUUGGAUCUCAUGGUGGAGCAGUGGUGAAGGUCUUAGGUGUGUUUGUAUAUGUAUGUGUGUGUGUGUUAGUCGGACUUCAACAUACACCUCCCAAACAAUGGGAACAGAUUUGUGAAUGUCCAUCCAUCAGUUUAUCCAUCCAUCCCCUCUGUCUGUUUGAGCGAGGUGACUGCAGGUCUGUACCCCACGCAAUGUCGAAAGACAGAUGCUACUGCAUUGGAAGAGAUGAAAAAAGAUUGAGUUGCAUUGGUGGAACAAUAACUGGCAGAGGGAAUCACACACACACACACACACACACACACACACACACACACACACACACACACACACACACACACACACACACACACACACACACACACACACACACACACACACACACACACACACACACACACACACACACACACACACACACACACACACACACACACACACACACACACACACACACACACCUUGAGUUGUCCUGUUAAAUAAAAAAUGGCCAAAUACAACAAAUGAACAAUGCAUAUUUGGAGUCACACACAAUCCAACACAUUGUUUCCCACUGUAAACAAAGACACCCAGUUGAACAGGGCCCCUACUGCUCCCCCAGCCACAGUCAUUGAGUCCGAGUCAUUCAUAAAGGCCAUUGAAGCCAGACUGGGCAGACAGACAGGGCACACAGCUUGUCCAUGUCUCCAGACCUUUCCCCUAGUGCCAGACACACAGUCGGCAUGUGGAGAGAGAGAGCUGGCAGACACACUUCCCUGUAAGGGUUGUGUGGUAUGUGCACGCCUGGCUGCUUCUGUUUGUGUAGGUGUGUGUGUUAAUACAAGUAUAUUGGCAACGAUUCAGAUAAAUAUACAAUGUUUUUUAAUACACACACACAUUGUAUAUUUAUCUGAAUUGUUGCAAAUAUACUUGUAGCUCCUACUUUGUGUAGACUAAGUGUACAAUGCCUCUGAGUAUUGAUUUUGUACGGUUGAUCUGUGCGAGAGAGAGAGCGAGAGAGAGCGCAAGAGAGAGAGCGAGAGAGAGAGCGAGACAGAGACAGAGAGAGAGAGAGAGAGAGAGAGAGAGCGAGACAGAGAGAGAGAGAGAGAGAGAGAGAGACCGAGAGCAAAGCCACUUCCACAUUUUGUGCCUAUUUUAAUUGUGGUCUCAACACUAGUCUGUUGCUGCAAUAUAUAACACUGUGAGGGGGUCACUAAAACCUAAUGAACCACUAUGUUCAAUUCAAUGCUUGUCUUUUUUUUUAUUUAAGAGAAGAAAAAAAAACUGGUAAACAUCCUAUUAAGCCAAAGAUAAAUAGCAAUCACUCUGAGAGGCUUCAGAGCCUGCAACACCACCAUAUUACCAGAGUGUAUGUUUUCAUCAGUGUAUGAGAACAGGUGGCCACUGUUUUAUGAGGACCUCCCACAGUGUUUGGAGGAAACAGCUUGGUGCUCUACACACUGUAAGGGCCACAGUCACUGUUUACACCUGUUGUUAUGGAGAUAAAAAGGUCAAAUAAAGGUUAUGCGCAGGAUAACAAUGGCAAUUAAUUUCAUGAAACAAUUUCAUGAUUUUAGCUUAAGAUAUUUUCAGUGCUUUAUCCCAUACUGUAAAAACAUGUAGAAUCAGGAAAUAAAUCUGUCCCAAAGAGAGGCUGUUCUGAUUGCAGGAAAUGACACAGGUGUUCCCUGAGACCACAAUAUUUCUCUUGGCCAGUUCCAAAUCAACCUCUAGCCCCUAGGCACUUGAGGAUAGUUAUGGAUAGAUAUAAUCAAUAUGGUAAUAGCUCCACCAUUCCCCUGAUAGGCUAUGUGGAACUUUCCCCAUAUCGCUCACAGCUAUCCAGCCUACUAGAAGUUGUGCCCUGGUACGAGGGGCUAAAGGCUAGGGGUCCGUAUGGGAUUGGCCAUAUUCAUUUUAAAUUACCACCAGGGGUAUCCCAUCAGUAAAGAGCUGAGGAGGUGAAUACUGUACUUCUCCCGAACAUGGAUCAUGAUGAAGUGGUCUGUGUUUCCGUGCUAUCAGUGAUUGACAAGGCAGUCCAAGGGCUUAUUCUCAGGGUCAGAACGUUCAGUAUUUACAGAGCAGAUAUUAUUCUCCAUUCCACAUGAUGUUCUACCAGAUCCAAUGGUUCUGAGGUCAUGACAGACUUAAUUCAGCUGUUGUGAUUCCGAUUAGUUGUAUGGCCUGUCAAUUAGUGAAGUAUGUGAGCACUGAUUAUGGCCUGGUCUGAGAGCAACCCACAGCCUCUGUUAGCAGUAUGGUUACUUCUCCACCUAGCCUCCCAAUGGGCUUAGGGGAACUUCUGCCAUAUUUCUUCUGCCUAUCUGGUUCAUGUAGAUUAGAAAACCAAAGGGGUGUAGGGGCUAGGGGUUGUUUUUGGACCAGGCCUGUGUUAUGUUCAUUGGGAGAAUACAACACAGUGUGCUUUCCUAACCUCCUAGCUGACUCGACACCCUUCUUAAAGACCAUUGUGUGAACAACAAACUGUGAUCUUACUAAUGUUCCCCAGAGACAUUUAUUUAUAUGGUUCUGAUGUUCCCCACCCAGUCUCUGAAUAAUAACCACUACGCUAAGUGCAAUAUGGUGUAUGUGAAGGGCACAGCCAUUGGGAAAUACCAGGCCCCCAUAUCUCUGUCUUGUCGUUACUCUAAACAAAAUGGUGUAAUGGGUCCUCACUCAACAAGAUGUCGCAUAAAGCUUAGUUUUCACUGCAUCAGGGAUAGCAUACACAGACGUUUCGGCUUCACAGCCUUAUUCAGUGUGUAGGUACAAAUGUAUUUGAAUUCAAAACAGCACUUGUAGGGAACAACAGGUUAGCAGCAGGUGCUUCUAAGCAAAGUUACCAAUCAUCUGCCAAGCUUUCAUGUUGAAGCAUUUCACGAGCAGAUUUCACCGUAGAACUGUAGAAAACCAUGUUGAAUGGUGACAAUGGGACAGACUGACGACCGUGAUAAUCACGGUGGUCAAACACGUUCUCUGUCUGCUGCACUUAGGAUGACGAGAGAGAGCAACGCAGGAGAGUAACAUGCUACCUCUUGUGAAUGGAGAUGCUUACGGCCUACUGUACUCUGUCUGGUCCUGGACAACCGGUGGUCAAACACGUUCUCUGUCUGCUGCACUUAGGAUGACGAGAGAGAGCAACGCAGGAGAGUAACAUGCUACCUCUUGUGAAUGGAGAUGCUUACGGCCUACUGUACUCUGUCUGGUCCUGGACAACCGGUGGUCAAACACGUUCUCUGUCUGCUGCACUUAGGAUGACGAGAGAGAGCAACGCAGGAGAGUAACAUGCUACCUCUUGUGAAUGGAGAUGCUUACGGCCUACUGUACUCUGUCUGGUCCUGGACAACCGGUGGUCAAACACGUUCUCUGUCUGCUGCACUUAGGAUGACGAGAGAGAGCAACGCAGGAGAGUAACAUGCUACCUCUUGUGAAUGGAGAUGCUUACGGCCUACUGUACUCUGUCUGGUCCUGGACAACCGGUGGUCAAACACGUUCUCUGUCUGCUGCACUUAGGAUGACGAGAGAGAGAAACGCGGGAGAGUAACAUGCUACCUCUUGUGAAUGGAGAUGCUUACGGCCUACUGUACUCUGUCUGGUCCUGGACAACCGGUGGUCAAACACGUUCUCUGUCUGCUGCACUUAGGAUGACGAGAGAGAGAAACGCGGGAGAAUAACAUGCUACCUCUUGUGAAUGGAGAUGCUUUCGGCCUACUGUACUCUGUCUGGUCCUGGACAACCACUGUGUACGCUGGUUUUCAUCUGAAUCAUUCUCUUCCCCUACAUCUGUGCUGAUAUCACCUGACCUAUGUUAGGAGUGCAUCACUUUCAGAAUCAUUGGAGAGGUUGGUGGGUUGGUUGGGAGAACUGUCUAUGCUAGGUUAUUCCAGUGGAGAGGUUGGUGGGUUGGUUGGGAGAACUGUCUAUGCUAGGUUAUUCCAGUGGAGAGGUUGGUGGGUUGGUUGGGAGAUCUGUCUAUGCUAGGUUAUUCCAGUGGAGAGGUUGGUGGGUUGGUUGGGAGAACUGUCUAUGCUAGGUUAUUCCAGUGGAGAGGUUGGUGGGUUGGUUGGGAGAACUGUCUAUGCUAGGUUUUUCCAGUGGAGAGGUUGGUGGGUUGGUUGGGAGAACUGUCUAUGCUAGGUUAUUCCAGUGGAGAGGUUGGUGGGUUGGUUGGGAGAUCUGUCUAUGCUAGGUUAUUCCAGUGGAGAGGUUGGUGGGUUGGUUGGGAGAACUGUCUAUGCUAGGUUAUUCCAGUGGAGAGGUUGGUGGGUUUGUUGGGAGAACUGUCUAUGCUAGGUUAUUCCAGUGGAGAGGUUGGUGGGUUGGUUGGGAGAACUGUCUAUGCUAGGUUAUUCCAGUGGAGAGGUUGGUGGGUUGGUUGGGAGAACUGUCUAUGCUAGGUUAUUCCAGGAAAAGCAACAGGAGACUAGGUGAAGCUAUGCUGCAAAUGCCUGAUCCUUCCCCCUUCCUGUCUGUCUGUGUUGUGAAGGUAUUUCUUUCCCCCUUGAGGCUUUCUAUAGCCAGAAUGAGACAAAGAGGAAUGAGACUGAGACGUUGUCAUAAUCAAGAUCAGGAAGUAUCGGAGCCAACAGUUGCCAUUGUUUCAGUCAGCUCCAUUCAUUGGGAGUUCAAUAGGUCUUCCAAUGCUGAUAACUUCCUGAAUAAUCUUCAGAUUGAUAACAUCACUGUCUAAUCUUUCUUCAUCUCAUCCUAGUACUGUAACCAGAUAGUGUGGGGAUGACCCAAUGGCAAAAAUAAAUCAGUAUUUAAAUUGUAUUUAUUUAAUAUGUAACUUAUUCAGGCAAAAUGUUAUCAAUACGUGUUCAAAUUGUAUUGUAAAAAACAUAAAGAAAUUAAAAGUCUUAAUAGAUUUCCCA